AUAACAGGGUCCAAGGUUCAAUUCUUCUAAACCGUUUACAGUAGUCUAAAGACAGCCUGAGGCAGACGCUGCGUCAGUAAAAUGAUCAUUGCAUCUUGAGAUUCGGCCGAGAUGUACACCAAUGGGAUGGAUUUUUAUUUGGCAGCUGAUUGGUGCUAGUCGCGCAUGCUCUUGAGUUGCCAGCUUUGGAAGAUGAACAAAGUAUUUCCACUCUCACUCCUGUUAACUGUGCAGAUGCCGUGCUGUACACCACCCUGUCACUGAUGAGGCGCACGCAACCUGCGGGCAGUGUCUGCGCCCACCCAGUACCAUGGCGCAGUCAGUGUGAGCCACGGGGCAGUCGUCGGCAAUAGUGCCAUGAUGGAUGUCAGCAACUCCAGCACUGGCAGCGCGAUCGACAUGAAGAUGGAGCCGUCCAGCCCCACGGAACGUGAGCUGCGCUACCCGUUCUCCCGGAGUAGCAGUGCGGGCUCCAUACACACAUUAUCGUCCUCCAAUCACAAUUCUGACGAGGAAGACGACAGUGACGGUGGAGGCACGGGCAGCAGCAGGGGGAGCAGCAUGGGGAACGCACUGAGCUACAAGGAGCGCCGCCGUGAGGCCCACACCCAGGCAGAGCAGAAGAGGCGGGAUGCCAUCAAGAAGGGUUACGAUGCGCUGCAGUCGCUGGUUCCGACGUGCCAGCAGCCCGAGACAUCUGGCUACAAGCUGAGCAAGGCCACCGUCCUCCAGAAGUCCAUAGACUACAUAGAGUUCCUGCUGCAGCAGAAGAAGAAGCAGGAGGAGGAGCGCAACAGCCUGCGCAAGGAGGUGACGGCUCUGCGCAUCAUGCAGGCCAACUACGAGCAGAUUGUGAAGGCGCAGCAGAGCCAGCCAGGGCAGGCUGUGCAGCGCGUCUCGGAUGAGACCAAGUUCCGCGUGUUUCAGGCUGUGAUGGAUCAACUCUUCCAAUCAUUCAGCAACAUCUCUGUGUCAAAUUUCACUGAACUGUCAGCUUGUGUCUUCAGCUGGUUGGAGGAACAUUGUAAGCCACAGACGCUGCACGAUGUGGUGCUGGGUGUCUUGCAGCAGCUCAACUCGCAGUUGGCUCUCCAGGGUGGCGGCGCCAGAGUCUGAGGUCUGCAAUAUCGCUGCCAGUCGAACCGUGUCACGUGCCUGUCCGGUCCAGAGGUGGCCUGGGAGGAGAGGAGCAGCGUGCCCGUAACACUUCCUCGCUGUGGUGUCCGUAGGGUGUCCGCUUCCCUCCGGCUCGUCUGGUGGUCUCACGUGGAGUAGCAGUCAUGGUGUGGAGUGCUCUCGUCACGUUCCACACCUUGCCAUGGCCGGAAUCUCUUGUGACAUCAGUCUUUGCGACUGGGGAACAAAGUACUGGAAGGGGAGAGGGAGGCUAGCAGUAUCGUAGCAACUAGCAUCGCCAGAGAGCUGGCACAGAGUCUACCGAUACAGUGGUGUCUCGUUUACGGUGCAGCACUGCUCCAGAGGAAGUAAUUUUUAUGCGGUUACUUUGCUCAUUCUGCGAUCAUUAGUAUCGAGUCUUGAGGCAUACACAGGUCCUCAAUCUUUGUACUCUCCGUUUCUUGCAGUGUAUCAGGUGAGAUGCAGUACUUGUACAUUCUGCUACAGUUACCAGUCUUAACAAAAGGUGAGCAAGUGGACACUAAAAUUACUCUGUCUUGUGCUGACUUACAGACUCACUCCCUCUCAUGUCCCUCUCCCAUACCUGUUCCUCUCCCCUCCCUUCCUCUCUCCCCCUCCCACCCCACCCCUCCCCUCCGAGGACAUUGCCAUUUUCUUCCCCCAGCUUUGUCCUGUGAGCUUAUACUGCAUCUGUAAUGACCACAUAGUAAAUGAGAUGUGAAAAUCUAACUUCCUCCUUUUUUUGCAGUACGAACUGAAUGAACGAAAUUUUCACUCUGCAGUAGAGUGUGUGCUGAUAUGAAACUUUCUGGCAGGUUAAAACCGUGUGCCGGACCGAGACCGAACUCGGGACCUUUGCCUUUCGCACGCAAGUGCUCUACCG